UAGCUCCAUUCAGCUUCAUCCAAUAGGGGGCGAUAUGUGGCUAAGCCGCUUCAGACAGCGUACCACAGAAUAAACGUCUACAUAGAGGACUACAGACUACCAUGAGGUUUAGGUUUUGUGGGGACUUGGACUGCCCGGACUGGGUGUUAGCUGAAAUCAGCACACUAGCACGAAUAUCGAGCGUCAAGAUGAAACUACUCUGCGUUCAGGUUAUAAAAGAUCUCCUAGAUGAAGAUAUUGAUUAUGAAAAAGUGUCAAAGUUAACGUCUGAUGCAAAAUUUGAGAGUGGAGAUAUUAAAGCCAGUGUUGCAGUGCUGAGCUUUAUUCUUUCCAGUGCUGCAAAGCAUGAUGUUGAUGGCGAAUCUCUGUCCAGUGAACUUCAGCAGUUAGGCUUGCCUAAAGAGCACACUACAGGACUUUGUAAAUCCUAUGAAGACAAGCAUGCAGCCCUGCAACAGAAGCUGAAAGAGAGUAGCCUACGCUUGGGACGUUUGGAGGUGGUGAACUGGAGGGUGGAUUACACUCUGAGCUCCAGUGAACUAAAGGAGGUGAACGAGCCUGUGGUCCAACUAAGGCUCCAGUCUCAGAACCCAGAGUCCGGCUCCUCAGAAACCAGUGUAGUUACUGUUGGAGCAGAGAAGUUUAGGGUGUUAUUAACAGAACUCAAACAAGCUCAAGCUAUGAUGAAUGCACUGCAGUGAUUCAACCAUGCAUUAUUCAUUUUAAAGAAACAAAUAUAAAAAAUAUAUUGUAAUAAUAUAUUACUGUGCAGAUGUUUCAGGCACCUUAGAGAAUUAUGUUUAAAGGGCUGUUUAAUGAAUAGAAAGUGUUUAAUUUUUUAGAAAAUCACAACUAUCACAAUAUAAAUAUAUGCAACAUGCAUAUAUAUAUGCAAUAUAUUCUUAUACUUAAUAAUUAAUCCUAAGUAUUAUUUUUAGUUACUAUUCAUGAGUUGGCCAAGAAGUUUUGUUUUUGUUCAAAAUCAAGUUAAAUAUAAAGUACUGAACUGGACAGUGUGAUGGCUCAGGGCAUCAAGAAGAAAUUUACAUCCAAAUGUUUCCUAAUCUAACCAGCCCAAACUGUGUCAGAUGAUUUUCUUGUUAAUUUUCACUGCACCUAUUCUUGUUUGUAUUUUUUAUUUUAUUUGAUGGUUUCUUACAGGCAAAAAACAACUUGAAACCCAAUUGAUUGUGAAUUGUUUUAAACAGUUUGCUAAGGUGCCUUAAACUUUUGCGUGGUACUGUAUUCUGUAUAAUAAGACAUGUUUUCUGAAUCUGUAUGUCAUUUCAAAUUAUUAAAAUGUAAAUGUGAUGAAAAUGUAAAAUAUUACUACGAACAUCACUGUCUCGCAGAACGGUUUGAGAGGAGGUGGAAAAGAUUUCUUGGAAUGAAGACCAAACUACACAAAAUUCUUUUCAUUUGAUUGGUGGCUCCACAUUGAAUUCUUUAAGCAAAUUCACUGUGUGUUUUGAAGAAAUAUUUUGUAUAAGUUUGUAUGUUUUUUUAUUAAUGUUAGCUAAAUAAAUAAUCUAACCAUUUUC